UUUUGACAGCAUCAAAUAAUAAGUGUAAAAAUAGAUCUAUUAUUUUUCAAAUCCCUGUUGUUAUUCAGUAUGGUAAAUUCGAAGUUCAGGCUUUAGUGACACAAUGGCGAAUAAUCAGCCCCCGACAACGAAUGCUCCGCGUAAAGAUAAGCGCAUAGAGCGGGACGAGAACCGCGGCCAAUGGAAGAGCAAGUCGGAGUUCAUCCUCUCGCUCCUUGGAUAUGCCAUUGGCAUUGGCAAUGUGUGGCGAUUUCCGUAUCUCUGCUACCGCAGUGGCGGCGCCGCCUUUCUGAUCCCGUACCUGUUGAUGGUAAUUUUAGCCGGCGUACCUCUGUUUUAUAUGGAAAUUCUGAUCGGUCAGUUCUCGAGCACCGGAUGCACUGGUAUGUUUCGCAUGACGCCUCUGCUGAAGGGAACGGGAAUCGCUCAGGUGGUGGUCAAUGCCUACUGCGUGUGCUACUACUCGGUGAUCAUAUCGUAUCCCAUUCGGAUGAUCUUCUACUGCUUCUUCAAGAAGGUGCCCUGGGAGGACUGUUCCAAUUCAUGGAAUACCGACGAUUGCGUUACCGCGUCUGAUAUGGGGAACCAAAAUAGUAGUGAUGUAUUCAAAACUUCCGCCGAUGAAUUCUUCCACUUGGAAGUACUUAGAAUCUCAACAGACAUCUCUGAUUUGGGUGGCAUGGUAUGGGAACAAUUAACUGCCCUGAUAAUCACCUGGAUUCUUAUUUACUUCUGCCUAAUGCGAGGAAUUAAGUCGGUUGGCAAGGUUGUGUACUUUACAGUCCCCUUUCCCUACUUGCUGCUCUUCAUUCUGCUCAUCAGAGGAGCCACUUUGCCCGGAGCCUGGAAAGGCAUACAGUUCUACCUGUAUCCGGAGUGGCACCGCUUGCUGGACCUCAAAGUCUGGGCCGAUGCCGCCGUCCAGAUGUUCUUUGGCAUAGGUCCCGGCUGGGGUGGUAUCGUCAACAUGGCCAGUUUCAGCAACUUUCGAAAUAAUGCCAAGUGCGACUCGGUUCUCAUAGUAUCGAUCAAUGUGUUCACCAGCUUAUUGGCCGGAUUUGUGGUCUUCUCCGUGUUGGGUUUUCUCUCUGAAAAAUCGGGCAUACCCGUGGAAUCGGUGGCCACCGGAGGAGCUGGACUGGCCUUCGUCACGUAUCCGGAGGCCAUUGCCCUGCUGCCUGUCCCGCAGCUCUGGGCGCUCAUGUUUUUCUUUAUGCUCUUUUUGCUGGGCAUCGAUAGUGUGUUUGUGCAACUGGAGGCCAUCAUGUCAUCGAUAUUGGAUGAGUGGUAUUGGGUGAGAAAUCACAAGUGCAAACUGACGCUCAUUUCGUGCCUAAUCUUUCUCGGACUCUCAUCCAUAAUGUGCACAAAUGGCGGCAUGUUUAUACUUCAGCUGUUUGACUGGUACUCCUCGGCGAUAGCCGUAAUUGUCAUUUGCCUGGUGGAGAUUAUUAUGGUCGCCUGGAUUUAUGGCAUCAAAAAUUUCAUGUUAGAUGUCGAGUUUAUGCUCGGAAAACGGCCAAGUCUAUAUUGGAGAAUCGUGUGGCAGGUCGUCACACCUGUCAUUAUAAUUUUUAUUCUUAUAACUAGCAUUGUAUUUAUAAGGACAAUCACCUAUAACAACAUCCCGUAUCCCCAGUGGGCCAUUAUAAUCGGCUGGGCCAGUUGUGUAACAUCAGUUAUGUGGAUACCGCUCUACAUAUUCUAUAUCAUGAUCCGUAAGCGGGCCACACUAUGUGAUAGCCUGAAGAAACGCCUCAAGCCUUUGGACUGGACACCUGCGGAUCCGCAAGAUCGUGCGGAUUACGAGGCCUUCCGGAGGCAACGUCGAAUGCCUGGAUUUAUGUCUGACACGGAUAUGGAGAGCUCGAAGUAGAUUAAUAUGUAUACGUAAAUUUUUUUAUUUGUAACCAAUUUACAAAAUUUUUACGCAUAAAGAUUAAAUAUUUUGGAACAAG